CUUUGUUCUAAUGCUACUAGCGACGCUGAGAGAGCAGACUGCAAGGUAACGUGUCAAUAACGAUCGAACGUAACUAUUGUAGUGUAUUCUAGGAUGGAGGGAAAUCCGACUGAAUCAUCUGACUGGCGAAAAGGCAAGGCUCUGGUUGAGUGUCACAUGUAUAUGUGGACCAAUCACAUUGCUUGUGACGUCAUCUUUGUCGUGGGAACGGAAAAGGAAAUCAUACCAGCCCACAAGUACAUCUUGAUUACCCGGAGUAGCGUAUUCGAGGCCAUGUUCACCGGACCUUUCAGUACAACCCGUGAAAUCAUCUUAUCUGACACAGAUGCUGUUGUAUUUAAAGACAUUUUAAAAUUUCUUUACUCUGACGAGAUAGACGUCAGCUCUGAGAACGUGACCGCCAUCCUCAUCCUGGCUGAACACUACUCCCUGCAUAACCUGGAAGACAUGUGUUUUCAGUUCCUGGAAUCGCACCUGUCCACGCAAACCGCCUGCACGGCCAUGGAGACUGGCCACGCCUAUGAACGCAGUGGACUCUGGGAAAUCGCUGUGGAUUACAUCGAGAUGCACGCUUCUGAAGUUCUUCAGAUGACGUCAUCGGUAUCCAAUCUCUGCCACGACUGUCUGCAUCGCCUGAUAUCAUCCGCACAAAUAGACGUCAAAGAAAACGUCAUCUUCAAUGCCGCCAUCAAAUGGGCGGAAAGUGAAUGCGGAAAACGUGGAAGGGACGUAACUCCAGACGCCCUGAGGGAUAUCCUUGGCGAUACGCUCUUUCACAUCCGGUUUCCGUUGAUGUCUCCCGAUUUUUUCGUCAACUCUGUGUCACGCACUGGUUUACUCACGGAGGUCGAACGGAAUGCUAUUCUCGAAACGAUUCUCUGUCCCAAAUCGAAAUCUUCGUCAUUUUCCGGUGAGCCUCGGAAAUUCGUCGUACGUCGGGUUAGUAGAUACCCAGUGCACGGAGAGGAGUGGAAAUACGAUUGGUCCUAUGACGACGCGGUGGCCUUCAAAUGCGAUCGGAAAAUUCAGGUACUUGGCUGUAUUUUAUAUGGACCGAAGACAGAGGCGAAAGCUGAAUAUACCAUCAAAGCUUCCAUAAAAGGCGAAUCGCAGUUUACAACCACAGUGGAAGCUCGUUCUGAUGACGUCACAUAUGACGUCAUGUUUCCUAACGCCCUUAACGUGGAUGCUAACAUUGUCUACACAAUGACCGUGACUAUAUCAGGACCGCCGUCAUUCAAGGGUUUGUGUGGCAUGACCAAGGUUGUUGCUGACGGCGUCACGUUUUGGUUCAGCGAAACCAGUAGGAGUACAAACCACACAACUACAGCAUCUGGUCAGAUACCCGGUAUCAUUUUCAAAAUUGUAACAUGAAUCCAGGUUUCCGUAGACCUGGUGGGAGGAUUCAAAUUUGAACCUAGCGCACAGUUUUGUCUACAUUUUCCCUGGACACCUACAUGAAUAGCGAAAUAUUGUACUGUAAAAUUGUUUUAGCCUCAUCGGGGGAGGGAUUCGUCAGAACCCCUGAUCCCCCCCCCCCCCCAGCCUACACCCCUUUAAACACAGAAGUCUAUAGCAAAAAAAAAAAAGAAGGGGAAAAAAAAAAGGAAUGUCCUUUUCCAGUUAUUUAUAUUUUUUUAUUUUAUGAACAAGAAAAGUAGAGAGGUUUCUAAGCUGAAACUUUGACUUAAUUUACAGCGCAAGUGGCUAAACAUUGUCUUAUUUGCGCAACCUACUGUGUGUUCAGGAAAGCGAGUGCUCGCUGACAGUUUGGCUGGCUUCCAGCGUAUCCUAUCCUAUUAUAUAUCAUUCGUUUAACGUUAAGACGACAUCGUGAUUACUAUUUCAUCGGAUGCUAUAUGUAAUCGACUAUUCUCGUACGAGGCACUUGUAUUGUGUGGAAUUGCCUGUUUUCUUGUAACAGGCGAUUUCACCAAAAUUCUGAAAUUUGUAAUAUUUAUUUUUAAUAUCGCCCGUUUCACAGGCUCUUUUGAUUUAGGUACUGAACUAACCACAGAAGAAGAACAUUUAAAAAUUAUCUUAUUACACAAGAUCACAAACAGGGCCCGCUUUCACAAUUAAAACAUUACAAAUACAAGAGAGGAAAUUGAUAAGCAGCAAACUCGGCAAUGAAAAAGAGAUACCGGCCUCGGGUGGCGUCGUGGUUAGGCCAUCGGUCUACAGGCUGGUAGGUACUGGGUUCGGAUCCCAGUCGAGGCAUGGAAUUUUUAAUCCAGAUACCGACUCCAAACCCUGAGUGAGCAAG